AUGAGCGGGUUCCAUAAUGUGGGAAAUAUCAAUAUGAUGGCCCAACAGCAGUUGCAACAAAACAGAGUAAAAGUCAGUAUAAGGAACUGGCAGAAUGCUACAAUGAAUGAUUUAAUUAAUUUCAUAAGCAGGAACGCUCGAGUAGCUGUGCUUGACGCCCAUGUGGACGGACCAUUGGUUGUCGGUUUUGUGAAUUCAAAGGCUGAAGCCGAAUCGUUAAUGAAAUGGAACGGUGUCCGUUUUGCAGGUAGCAAUUUAAAAUUUGAGCUUUUGGAUGGCAAUGGAGGUUCUGCUGGAACUUCAGACACUAUUUCGUUUCUAAGGGGAGUAUUACUUAAGAGGUAUGAUCCCCAGUCGAAACUAUUAAACCUGGGGGCAUUGCAUUCUGACCCUGAACUAAUUCAAAAAGGUGUCUUCAGUUCCAUUUCCACCCAGUCUAAGAUGUUUCCAGCAAUGAUGAAGCUAGCUUCUACAGAACCCAGUUUAGUAGUGGAGAGUGUGAAUCUUGCGGAUAACCAACUAAAGGACAUUUCCGCAAUUUCCACAUUGGCUCAAUCGUUCCCAAAUUUGAAGAAUCUUUGUUUGGCUAAUAACCAAAUUUUCAGAUUCAGGUCACUGGAAGUUUGGAAAAACAAAUUCAAAGAUUUGAGAGAGCUCCUCAUGACAAAUAACCCCAUCACUACCGAUAAGUUGUACCGCACUGAAAUGUUAAGACUAUUCCCCAAGUUAGUGGUGCUGGACAAUGUUAUUGUAAGGGACGAACAAAAACUGCAUAGUGUCUAUUCGCUACCAAUGAAAAUCCAACAGUUUUUUUUUGAAAAUGAUGCGUUGGGGCAGUCGUCCACGGAUUUUGCAACCAACUUUUUAAACCUAUGGGACAAUAACAGAGAACAAUUGUUAAAUCUGUACUCACCACAAUCCCAAUUUUCUGUCUCCGUGGACUCCACAAUUCCUCCAUCCACGGUAGCAGACUCUGAUCAAACCCCGUCGUUUGGUUAUUACAUGCCAUGUUCACGCAAUAUCUCCAAAGUAUCCAGUGAGAAAUCCAUCCAGCAAAGACUAUCGAUUGGCCAAGAGUCCAUCAACAACAUAUUCAAGACAUUACCAAGGACGAAACACCAUCUUCAAGACCAGCCCAAUGAAUAUUCCAUGGAAACGAUCAGCUAUCCUCAAAUCAACGGGUUCAUCAUUACUUUACACGGUUUUUUUGAAGAAACUGGCAAGCCUGAAAUGGAAGCCAACAAGAAAACGGGGAAAAACAACUACCAAAAGAAUAGAAGAUACAACCAUGGGUACAACUCCACUUCGAACAAUAAACUGUUCAAAAAAUCCUUUGAUAGAACUUGGGUAAUCGUUCCGAUGAACAAUAGCGUCAUAAUUGCAUCUGAUUUAUUAACCGUAAGAGCGUACUCCGCGGGCGCUUGGAAGACCGCAUCUGUUGACGUGCCAGCAUCAUUGCCACUGCAACAACCUUCAGUGCUACCACAGGCCGCCAUCCCACCAAACGCAAGCAUGAACCCAAACAUAACGACACCGCCACCACCACAACCUUCAGUGGUUCCCGGGGGAAUGAACAUGCCCGGCGUGCCCCAGGGGCCAAUGGUCAUGGCACCCACUCUACAACUGCCACCGGACGUCCAAUCGCGCUUGAACCCCGUACAACUCGAGCUGCUAAACAAGUUGCAUCUGCAAACCAAGUUGAACGCGGAGUACACGUUUAUGUUGGCCGAGCAAAGCAACUGGAACUACGAAGUCGCCAUAAAGGGGUUCCAGGGUAGCAUGAAUGGCAUCCCGAGAGAGGCAUUCGUGCAAUUCUAG